AUGAAGUAUGAGUGUGUGCUUUCAAGUGGCCAAAUCGUUGAGGCGACGGCAACGAACAAGUACUCAGAUCUCUUCUGGGCAUUGAGGGGCGGCGGUAAUUCGUUCUGCAUCGUCACGCGAUUUGAUUUGCGACCGGUGGAGGGCAGCGACGUUCACGUCGGCAUCGGUCAGUUUGAUCAGACUCAGGCAUCCGGCUACCUGGACGGCGUGUACAACUUCGGGAAAUAUGGAGGGUCUGACCCAAAAGCUGCCAUCAUUCCGACUAUUCUUACCUUCCCCGCGGCGAACAUGACUGUCUAUGCGGCUGCAAAGUUCUACCACUCCGUCACUGACAACCCGAAAGUAUUCGAGAACUUCACCGCGCCAAAGCUUACCCCAGUCGCUGAUUCAUACGCACUGCAGCCGUUGUCAGACUACAUCUCAGCUACAGAUGCCCUGCAGCCAUUGGGACUGCGCCAGGAAUUCCGCACACUUUCGUCCAUUGUUGACCGAAAGGCCGUGCAGCUCAUUCACGACACCUUCGUCUCCGGCGUCAACGCCAAGUUGCCCAGUGUUGCCAAUAUCCAGGCCUCGAUUACCUUCCAGCCCAUCACGAAGGCAUUCCUCUCGCACAGCGCGAAGACUGGAGGCAACCCUCAAGGCAUCAACGUCUCGAAAGCACCCUUCUUUUGGAUGGUGGAGAACUUCACCUGGUCUUCAGCGAGCGAUGACGCGAAAGUGCGCGCUGCUGCUGAUGAGAUCACAGCAAACAUAAACAGCUUGCUGCGCACGGGAUCGUAUAGCGCGGACUAUCUCUACAUGAACGAUGCUGGGAAGGGCCAGCCCAUUUUCCAGAGCUAUCCCGCUGCCAACUUAAGGAAGCUGAAGACUAUUCUUACCAAGUACGACCCUCUCAUGGUGUACACUAACCUCAUGCCUGGUGGUUGGAAGGUCGCCGAUGCAUGA